AUUUGUAAACUCUGAAGUUUCGCUAAUUCAUUACCUGAAGAACAUAUUGAUAUAAAAUUUAUUUGAAUUUCAGAUGUGUUAGUGAUGCAUGUAUUUAGAUUUCUGUUUCUCUUAGCCGUAUUCACUUUCUUUUGCUCUCAUGAAUGUCAUCGCAUCGGACUUUCUUCUUCAACUUUAUUUAUAGCUCCAUCUGAUUUAAAUGAAUUACGUAGUAUAUUUACGCUUUAUAGAGAUUCUGAAUUUGAAAAUGAACUUCACAUUUUAGAAAAUCGAAUAAAGCGUAACUCAGUUGCAUCUUCUAAUGCGAAACCCUCGAACUUUUCAACUGUUUUUCCUUUAAAUGAUAGUCAUGAACAAUUAUCUGUCCAUUGGGCUGGAAAAGGGAGUGAUGUACUCAUUUGUUUGGCAAGAGAUAGAAGACAAAAUGAGCAUUCAACAUCAAGCGUGUUCAUCUCGUAUGAUUAUGGCAAAACAUUUGUGGAAAAGCAGAAUCAGAGUAUGCGAAUAUCUGAUGAACAACUGUCAAUCAUAUCAAUGUUUUACAUAAGUCCUGUACUGAAUAGUCAUUACGUUUUUACUGAUGUUAUUCACAACUAUAUCUUUACAACUCAAAGCUUUGGAAAAUCAUUUUCAAAGCAUUCAACACCUUUUACUCCAGAUCUAAUAUCUAUGCAUCCAACGAAUUCUCAAAUCUUUUUGGGAAUGGAAAAAAAUGAUCCAUUAAGAAAGUUAUGGCUGUCCGAGGAUUUUGGUGUUUCUUGGAAAGAAAUUCAACUGCAAGUUAAGACAUUUUACUGGGGAGUAAACAGUGUUGAUCCAGAAAAUACCAUUUUUGUGGAAAGAAUUGAGCCACGGAAUUACACAACAUUAUUAUCAUCCACCGACUUCUUUAAGAGCAGAAAUCAUACUAAAGUAUUAAUUACAAACAUAAAAGAUUUUGAAGUUAGAGAUAAAUAUUUGUUUGUUACUCGUAAACAGCAUUUAUUAGGUUCAAGGAAUCCAGACGGAGUUCUUCAGCUGUGGGUUUCUUACAAUAGAGGUAGCUUUAAAAUGGCUGAAUUUCCUAGUCAUUUGGAAAGAAAGGAAAUUUACAUUGUGGAUGCUUCUGAUGACCAAGUAUUUGCCUGUGUCAUGCAUAGUGAAACAACUACAAAUUUAUACAUAUCUGAUGUUCAGAGGAUGAAAUUUUCCCUUUCUUUGGAGAACAUUCUUUAUGUAAGCUCUCAAGCUAAAGACAGCAAUUUCCAGAGUGAGGAGCGUCUUGCUGAUAUACAUAAAGUGCAUGGUCUACGAGGUGUUUAUAUUGCGACUCAGUUGAAACAGCGUGCUGGUUCAAAUACAACUUCUGAGGAUUUGAUUUCUGUCAUCACUUUUGAUAAAGGGGGAGAAUGGAGCCUGUUGAAGCCUCCUCCUAUAGACAAAGAGGAUAAUCCUAUUAAAUGUGACAUAAAUGAUGGAUGUUCCUUACAUUUAACUCAGAAAUUCAGUCAGUUGUAUCAGAGAUACCGUGCACCGCCCAUUUUAAGCAAAGUAUCAGCUGUUGGUUUAAUAGUUGCUUCAGGCGUUGUCGGUAAAUCAUUGAAAGGCCAUCCCCGUGUGUUUGUUUCAUCAGAUGCUGGAAUUAACUGGCGUGAGGUGCUGGAUGGCAGUUACAUUUAUAUGGUUGGGGAUUAUGGAGGAAUUAUUGUAGCUGUUUCAUCAUUUAUCCAUCAAGAAACGGAUGAAGUAUUAUAUUCAACUGAUGAUGGAGAAACAUGGGAUUCAGUAAAAUUUGUUUCUGAUGGUAGCAAACCAAUCAGAAUCUAUGGCUUAAUGACUGAGCAAGGGGAAAAAACUACCACUUUCACACUUUUUGGAUCAGUCAGAGAUCGUCGUGAGUGGUUGCUAGUUAGAUUAGAUCUUCGGCAUGUAUUCAAACAUGAUUGCCGACCUGAAGAUUACAAGUUGUGGAGUCCUCAUGCACCAAAUCGUACUUGCUUGCUAGGUCGCGAAGAAAUUUAUGAACGCCGAAUUUCACAUACCUCAUGCUAUAAUGGUCAGAAUUAUGAACGUCCUAUAAAAACAGAGAAUUGUCCUUGUGAAAGGGAGGAUUAUGAAUGUGACUUUGGCUUUAAAGAACAAGCUGAUCAGUGUGUAAGAGAUGAAGAAAGUGAAGCAGAUCCUUAUGCAAUCCCUGCUACCUGUGUUCCUGGAGAAUACUAUAACAGAACUCAAGGCUAUCGCAAAGUUCCAGGGGAUACGUGUACUGGAGGAAAUAAUUUCUUGUAUGAACCUGAACUCAAACUUUGUCCUUCAGAAGAUGAUGAGUUCCUUCUUGUGGCUGAGAUGCACAGAAUCAGUAGAUUAGAUUUAAAUUCAGAAACACCUGAAUUGCUCCAAAUUCCUUUAUCAAAUAUACGUAAUGUUGUUGCACUUGAUUUUCAUUACGCAAGCCAUUGUCUCUAUUGGCAAGAUACAGAUGCUGUAUUUAGACAUUGUUCACAUUCCUCAAAGAAGGGCAAUGAAGCUAUAGCAGAAUCUAAUAUGGCAGCAGUUGAAGGGCUUGCAUUAGAUUGGAUUAGUGGAAAUGUAUACUUUUCUAAUGGAGAGCGAUCUGCUAUAGAAAUGGUAAAAGCUAACACUUCUAUUGCACAGGUCAGAAGAAUUAUCUUAAAUAAUACGUACAUUGACAAGCCUCGUGGAUUAGCUGUUCAUCCUGUGAAAGGCUUCCUCUUUAUUGCAGAUUGGAGUGAAAAAAGUCCUUCAAUAUCUAAAUCAUACCUAGAUGGCUCACAUUAUAAGGUUUUAUUUGAUGCAUUAGUUGUCCAGUGGCCAAAUGGUGUUGCAAUCGAUUUGAUAGAUGAUAAAAUAUUUUGGACUGAUGCAAAACUGCAUUAUAUUGCAUCAUCUAAUUUGGAUGGAUCAAAUAUGAAGCAUGUCAUUCAAGGGUCUAAAGUUAUUCCUCAUCCUUUUGCUGUUGUCAUAUAUAAGGACUGGAUAUACUUUGAUGACUGGAACAAACAAAUGAUUAUGAUGGCCAACAAACAUGAUGGAUCAGGGUUGCAUGCGUUAAUUACUACCGAUGAUAGAGCUAUGGAUAUGAAGGUCUUUGCUCCUAGCCUUCAGAAAGGUUCAAAUGCUUGUAGUGGUCCCACGAAUGGUAACUGCAGCCAUUUUUGUGUACCGUAUCCUAAUGGUAAUCAUGUCUGUCUUUGCCCUGACUGGGCUGUAAAGACUAAACUAAGCAAUGGAUCUGAAAUUUGUUCUUGUUACAAUGGGAGUGUAAUGUUACAAAAUGGAACUUGCAGUCAGAACACAUCUGUAUCUUGCAAAGAAGAUGAGUUUGCGUGUCAUAAUAAUAUAUGUAUUAGCAGAAGCAAGCUGUGUGAUGGUGUCAAUGAUUGUGGUGACUACAGUGAUGAAGGAAGAGACUGCG